GGAGGAGCCGCUUCAAGGAACCGGGAUGUAGGGACAGGAAAUUCCACCAUUCCCUGUUGGACUUCUAGAGCCACGUGUUCCGGAACUUGGAAUGGAAGAUCGGGUCAGUUACUUGGGGACCUGAAAUCUUCCAAGAGCGAAAGUCGCCGAGCAGGGCGGCCUGGGAAAGUCACCAGUCAGCAGCGCAGUGGCGGGAACCGCAGCCCGGCGGCCCUGGAACCUCCCAGGUCUCACACUGCUCAGCCAGAUCUGCUCACCUGUGAAUCAGAAAAACGAGCCGUGGACGAUGGAGAGAGAGGAGACCGUAGCCAAGGAUCCAGAAACUCAGAGAAGAGCAACAAGAAGAAUGAAUGUUUCUUUAGUUAAUGCUUCCCAGGGUCUGUUGUCAUUCAGGGAUGUGGCUGUGGACAUCUCGCAGGAAGAAUGGGAAUGUCUAGACUGUGCUCAGAGGGCUUUGUACAUGGAUGUGAUGUUGGAGAAUUACAACAACCUACUCUUUGUGGAGAACCAUCGCACAUGUGGUAAAUAUGAGAAGUUCUUGCAUCAAGUCACAAAGCAUUUCAUCUAUGAUCAUGAAACCAUCAGAGAGAAGUCUUAUAAAUGUAAUGAGCUUGGCAAAGUGAUUCAUGAAUCCAGCCAGUGUACACCUUGUGACACAAGGGAUAAUACAAAAAAUAACAAGUACAGAGUUGGUAACCACAGAGAUGCUUCUGUUGAAACGUUAAACCUCAACAGACACGAAAGUGGGAGUGCUAGUGAAGAACCUUGCAAACAUACAGACUGUGUAAACUGUUUAAAAUUGUGUUCCAUCAUUAGCCAAAAUCAAAGAAAUCACACAGGAAAGGAAGAACACAAAAAUAUGGAGUAUGAUACAUCUUUUGACUCUAACACAGAAAUCACACUGAAACAAACUGAUAGUGGUAAACCACACCAAUGCAGAAAAUAUGGAAAAUGCCUCAAGACUCAUUCAAGCCUCAUUAGACAUCAGAGAGCCCAUCCUAGAGAGAAACCCUACAAAUGUACAGAAUGUGAUAAGUGCUUUUGUCACAUAUCACACUUUAGAAGACAUUACAGGAUCCACAUUGGAGAGAAGCCUUACAGAUGCAGUGAAUGUGACAAAUGCUUUACAAGUGCCUCAUAUCUUAGAAUACAUCAGAGAACCCACAGAGGAGAGACUUACAUAUGUAGUGAAUGUGACAAAUCGUUUACCACAGAAGGUCAUCUUAGAAUUCAUCAGAGAAUCCAUGCAGGAGAGAAACCUUACAAAUGUAGUGAAUGUGAGAAAUCCUUCUUGAGCGUCUUUGGUCAUAGAAAACAUCUGAAAACUCAUACCGGUGAGAAGCCUUACAAAUGUAGUGAAUGUGACAAAUCCUUUAUCCAGAAAGACAGUUUUAAAAUGCAUCAGAGAGUUCAUUCAGGAGAGAAACCUUACAAAUGUAGUGAAUGUGACAAAUUCUUUAUACAGGGCUCAGAUCUUAGAAAACAUCUGAAAACUCAUACAGGUGAGAAGCCUUACAAAUGUAGUGAGUGUGGCAAAUCCUUUAUUAGUUGUUCAGAACUUAGAAAACAUCAGAGAAUUCAUUCAGGAGAGAAACCUUACAAAUGUAGUAAAUGUGACAAAUCCUUUACUCAGAAAGGCAGUCUUAAAAUGCAUCAGAGAAUUCAUACAGGAGAGAAACCUCACGUAUGUAGUGAAUGUGACAAACCCUUUACCGAUAAAGGGAAUCUUAGAAAGCAUCAGAGAAUUCAUACAGGAGAAAAACCCUACAAAUGUAGUGAAUGUGACAAAUCCUUUUCCCAGAAAUACAAUUUUAGAAUACAUCAGAGAUUUCAUACAGGAGAGAAACCUUACAAAUGUAGUGAAUGUGAGAAAUCCUUUACAUUUGGCUCAUCUCUUAGUAUACAUCAGAGAAUCCACAGAGGAGAGACAUACAAAUGUAGUGAAUGUGAGAAAUCCUUUACCCAGAAAGGGAAUCUUAGAACUCAUCAGAGAAUCCACACAGGAGAGAAACCUUACAAAUGUAGUGAAUGUGACAAAUCAUUUUCUCAGAAAGACCAUCUUAGAAUUCAUCAGAGACUUCAUACAGGAGAGAAACCUUACAAAUGUAGUGAAUGUGGCAAAUCCUUUUCAUGUAGCUCAGCUCUUAGAAAACAUCUGAAAACUCAUACAGCUGGGAAACAUUACAUAAUGUAGUGAAUGCUAGAAAUUCUUUACAGAGAAAGAAGUUUUGAACUCAUUAGAGAAUACAUACACUUGAGAAACUUUAGAAAUGUAGCAAACAUGAGAAAUCCUUUACUCCUUGCUCAUCUCAGAAUAUGUUGUGGGAUAUUUGAUCAUACUCUGAAACCUAUAUGUUAAAAUCAACCAUGGAUUGGGAUUGUGACCUGGAACUAGUUGACAAGAAAUAGUAUAGUAUGUAUAGAGAGUAUGGAGAGUAUGGAGGAGCAUGGAAGACACAUGGACACAUAGGAAGGAGUAGGGAACGACUUGGACUUUUGUGGUAGUUUUGGUUUGAAAUGGUUGGAGAGACACUCUUAUUGCCAGGUCUCUGGACAAAAUGGAACACCAGCUGGAUGCUUCUUGCCCUCUCUUAACUAGCAGGCUUUCACCCCAACAUCUGAUUUCUGAAUCUUUCUUGGUAAAUACAACAAUAGAGACUUAGUUAUAAACUACAUGUGGUGGUUGUGGCAGAGUCUGUGCUAGCAGGACCAGAAAUCCUACGAGUCCUUUGCCUGAGCAACAGGGUGUUGAAUGCAGGGUCAUAGGGUCACAGUCAGAAGCAACCACUGAGCUAACUGAGGAACAACACGAACACAUCAGAGUAUAUAUAUGAAAGAGAAACCUUACAAUUAUAGUGAGUGUGAGAAAUCCUUUACUAUUUGCAUGUUUCGUAGAGUAUAUUAGAGAAUUCACUCAAGAGAGGAAUCUUACCAUUGUAGUUAUCUUAAUUCGGGUUUAAUUACUCUGAAGAGACACCAUGACGAUGGCUAUGCUUAAAGGAAAACAUUUAAUUGUGGCUGUCUUAUACUUUCAAAUAUUUAGUCCAUUGGACUCACAGUGGGAAGCAUAAUGACAUGCAUGCAGAUGUUGGGUGAAAAAAGGAGCUAAGAGUUCUACAUCUUUAUCCUCAGGCAACAGUUAGUGAUUAAUGUAUUUUAAGUGUGGCUUGAGCAUAUAUGAGAUCUCAGUGCCUGCCUCAAUGGUGACACAAUUCUUCUAACAAGGCUACAUCUAAUAGUUCCACCCAUAUAGACAAAGCAUUCAAACACAUGAGUACAUGGGGGCCACACCUAUUCAAACCACUGUAGUAGUAAAUAUAAGGGACAUUUUAACUCUAAAAUCACCCUGAGAACAUAUUAAAGUAUUCAUACAGGAGAGAAAACUUAAAAUGUAAUGUAUGAGGAAAAGUCUUUACCUACCUUUCAGGUCUAAGGAAACAUCUCAUACCGGUGAGACAGGUUUUCAUGGGAAAUAAUUUGGCAUGUGAUUUAACCAAGUUCUGUUCUUAUCUCCACUUGAGACUCCACACUAGAGAAUCAUUAUGAACAUGGGAAACUUAUGAAUGCCUUUAGGUUACUUCAAAUUCUAGAAAACAUCAAGAGUUUAUGCAGAGAGAAAAUUUCAAAAUGUAGGACAGUUUUCAUUAAAAUUUUUACAUGUUCAAUCUGAAAUAUGUCAUAAUAAAGACAAAUUGAGAAAACUUAAGCAUGCUGUUGUGUAAUUUCCUGGAGACUGGAAUGAUCCAUUUUGAAGGGAAGCUGAUUAAAGCAGGAAAUACGGCACUCAAGAGCUUCAAGCUUUAGCUUCAAGAAACCCCUGAAACUGACAGCAUUCUGUGUUCAUAACUCAAAUGAAGAAACUCAGAAGUCAUGCCCCUUAGAAAAGGAUUUUAGCCAUCAAGAUAGAAUGCUCAUUAACUUGUAGAUAUUCAUGAGCUUUAUUACAUGAUCGUUUUUGAGUUUUUGAGAUAACAACUGUUUGAGUCCGUUAUGCUCCAGUAAGCAUCUGCUUACCCAUAAUCCUGUAAGCAAUUCUAAUAAAGCUCAUUGAUUCAAAAA